AUGGCAGCCCUUGACGUCGCCGAAGCCCUCUCGCCGUCGGUUCCUUUUUGGACCAAGCCACUACCAGAUGAUGUAUGCCGAGUGACAACUCAGCCACUGCAUGGGUUAGAGGAGAUUGUGAUCUCGGGGGUGGGCCUGGAGCAUCAGUCUCCGCGACCAGUUCCCCAACCGUCCUUAUUCACUGCAUGGGAAACAGCAUCAGCAGAAGUUGACGAGUACUUUGGAUGGACCCCCAAGGAACUUGAGAUUGUCGGUGAUGAAGGACGGCUGGUGGAGGCCUUACUGUCUGGCCACCUCUGCGUGAUAAGCGACGGAUCAUACAAGCGAGACCUGGGAACGGUGGCUGUACAACUACUCCCAAGAAAAGGGGAGAAGGACCGCAUCAUUGUUCGGUGCCAGACUCCCAGAUUGCCCCAGGACCAAAGCGCCUAUCGGAGUGAACUGAUCGGCCUGCUCGCAGGCAUCAUGGUUGUUGACUGGUUGCUCCACCAGUGGGCGCCAACACUCCAAUCUAAACCCCGCGUAAGGAUCGCGUGCGAUGGGUUUUCCGCCCUUCUCAAUACCUUUAGCAAUAAUCGAGUCACUCCCCAACAGGCGCAGUUUGACCUGGUCUCUUCCCUCCGCGAGGCCCUUGCGCGCUCCAAAGCAUCGUGGGAGCCUAGUCAUGUGUAUGGUCACCUUGACCAUGCUACGUCCUUUUCGUCCCUGUCUUGGUGGUCCAAAAGGAAUGUUGAAGUGGAUAAUUGGGCAGUGGCAUACCGCCAUCAGUUGGAGGCUUCUAACCAACUGAUUGCACCCAAUGCUCGCUUCUUUACUGAGUUGGCCGCUCUCUAUAUCGGAGACGUUAAGCAGUCUCGAUUGGACCCAGACUACAUCCAAGAGCUGGUGGCGCUUCCCCGCCCUACGCAAGAGGUGGCGCGAGAAACUCACGGUCACCCCAGAGGCGGAGUCGGAAACCGACUGGACCAGUCUGGCUCGGGCCAUGCGAUCUCUCCCUGCGGGCGUCCAACGCUGGACCACAAAGCACGUGGUGGUGGCCCUGGAUUCAUGGCUGGACACCCAAGUGACAGAUCCGGCGAUCCAUCCCUACCGUCCAUCCGAGUGGUACCAGGUCGACUGCGCAGCGCUUUCCGAUCCCAGCAAUGCAUUGGCUACCAAGGGCUAUUGGAAGGAAGAUUGUCCCGCCAAUGGGCCCCGUUGCAGGAGGAAUAUCUGCAGUCGCGCAGGAGCCAACGCUCUCCGACCUUAUGGGCCUCACGCCUCUCGCAUCAGUUGAUUUUGCUGGGCUUCCAGUUGUGGGAACAUCGGAACUUGGUACAACACUCGGAGGACAAUGUACAGUUACAAGAGCGCAGCCAACAGGUCAACGACGGGAUACACAACCAGUUUGAUAUGGGUCCAACUGACCUACCUAAGGUUGUCCAACGCAUGCUUUCGGUCAAGCGCCGGACAGUCUUGCACAAACCACUGGUAGAUCGUGAGGAGUGGUUGAAGCUGGUGAGGAUGGAACGCACGGCCUACCGCCGCGCUUUGGCGCCUCAACGCCGUAUUCUUCAUCGCUUCUUCCACCCUGCGGACCACUCCCCUUGA